AUGGAUGAUGUGAAUAGUCAUAAAUCAUCAUCUUUAGAAGAAAAUGCUUCAUUAUUAAUUGGUGGUGAUUCUGCAAAGGCAGCAGAUGCAGAAAAAAUUAUUCCAUCUGUAGAAGAGUCCGAUAAAAAUAACCACGAUGAUAUAGAUCUAGAUCGAAGUAUUAAGCAAAAUGAUGAUUAUUACGAAGUCAUUUCUGCUGAUGGCAGUAUAGGGGGUGAAGAUAUAGAUGGGAAUGAUAUAGAAAAUGACAACGUAUGCUCCAACAGUACCUUUCAAAAUGAGCAGUGUUCUUUUUUAGAUCUACCUUUUGUUCCCAAAAUUGAUUUUCCUAAUGAAGCAUCCAAAUCUGCUAGUACUGAUUCUAAUAGCUUUCAUUUUGAACCUAUUUUUGGUUCUCAUAAUGUUGUUAAUCAUUGUAAUACCACACCUAAUGUUUUGCCACAAUUUGAUUUUUCAAAACCCCCACCUAAUUUAAAUUUUACUGCCAAUCCCCAUACUUCAUGUUUUGUUGAUUCUGAAAUAAACCCAAAUUUAACACCUCAGGGUCAUAUUGGUUUCGGCAAUGCAUCUUCAAAACAUUUCAGUGCAAUUUCAAAUAAUAGUAAUAGUGCUUCAUCUGUUAUUCUCAGUAAAGACCAUAAGUCCAGUCCCAGUUCUACUUUAACACAAGUAGCAAAGGCUCCUAUUGUAGACUGGCUAGAUGAAAAUGGUGAUCCGAUUAAAGGUGCUUUCGAUAACAUUCCAAUUCAUGUGAGUGAAGAGGCAGAAGAUGCUGCUAAAAGUUCUAAGGUUGAAUAUGUGUUUUCUGUGAAAGAAAAGAAAAAGGUAUCAGUGUCUAGUGAUUUUAGUGAUGUUGUGAGUACUAGUUCUCUAAUCAAUACCAAUGUGUUACUUAAAAAUGUAGCAGGAAAAGUUUCAAUAGAUAGUUCUACUGCUAGUGAUCCUAAAAUUUAUGAAGAGGAAAAGAAACUUUACUUAGCUUCCAAAAGUGGUGAGGAAUAUAAAGCAGCAAUACUUUCAAAUACACCUUCAACAUCUGCUGAGGCUACUGCAGUUCCCAGUGGAAAGACUUUAUCUGAAAACGAAAAUGCUAAAAAAGAACGUUACAAUAGAUUUAGACGAAAUAGAUUUACAGACAAAAAGGAUGAUCCAGUACCUGAGGCUGUGCCAAAAGAAGAGCCGAAAAAGACACAAGAAGAAGUAGCACUGGAAAGUCAAGCUGUGGUUGAGAUCCUUAAAGAAGUACAGAGAGGGGCUGAGAGGGCCAAAGAACACGGUGCCCUUGGGUGGCAAAAGUGCCCCGUUCCAGUUACUAAUAAAACAUUUCUACGCAACACCCUGGUGAGCACCCUGAGGGAACCAUACAGACCUCCAAGCAAGCGAGGAAGAUUUCACGUUGGUUUAGAUGGGGACAAAAAAGGGCGUGAUGAGAAGGAUGGGGAGGCUAGCAGCAGGUCUUCAAGGUCCAGUCGUAGCUCUAGUAGAAGCAGUCGAAGCUACAGCAGCCGCAGUAGUGAUAGAGAGCUGCCAAGUGCACAGGGUAAACACUUCCAGAAUAACAGAGGGCGAGGGUCCUGGGCCAGAGGACAAAACCAGUACUUUGAUGCAUGGGCGGCGUACUAUGGGGGCUACCAGUGGUACGGCCCUGAGGCCUAUGGCAUGUACUACGGCCCUGAGGGCUGGCCAAUGGAUGCUUACACUGCCAUGUAUUACGGGGAUCCACAAGCCUGGGCAGAGUAUGAAGCUUACUAUGGUCCUCAAAACUUCAGAGGAAGAGGAAUGAGAGGGCGGGGAAGAGGCAGAGGGCGGGGCAGAUUUCCUGAAGAUUUUAGAAACAUGGAGCAUUACUCUAGAAGUAGAAGCAGAUCUCCUGGUUAUUCUAGAUCCCCUUCUAGCAGUUUCUUGUCGUAUAGUAGGUCUCGGAGCAGGUCGCUUAGCAGAUCUAGGAGCAGAUCUGUAGGGGGUAGCAGGACCUACAGGGCUAAAUCCUCUAGAGAGAGGUCCAGGAGCAUGUCUGCAGGGGGCAGCAGGACCCACAGGAUUAAGUCUUCUAGGGGUAGGUCCCGGAGCAUAUCUGCUGGUGGGAGUAGGACCCAGAGGGCUAAAUCUUCCAGGGAGAGGUCCAGAGUCUCUACCCACAGCAAACAUUCAGAUUCAGUGUCCAAAGAGAGAAAGAAAAAGAAGAAGAAGAAAAAGAAGCAUAAAAAGAAGUCUAAAAAAUCCAAGGAGGGGAAAGAAGAAAAGGAUGGUGAAAAGGCCAGGGAUAAAGAAUUUGAAAAGGCCAGGGGAGAUAAAGAAGACAGUGAAGAGAUACACAAAAAUGACUUGUCUGGUUCUAGGAAGGAAGGUAAGCAAAAAAGCAAUGAGAAAACUGCUGCUGAAGAUUCUAGGAAAAAGCCAAAAGAAAUGAGCAGUAAGAAGGGUAAAGGGAAAAACAGAGUAAAAAAUUUGAAAGAUGAUGAAGAUGGGCCUAGAGAUACCCAUUCAACACACGAUGGGUGUGGGACAGGGCCUGAUGAAAGUGUGGGUCAAGGGAAACCAGGAAGGGCUAGUGACAGCAAAACUUGUGAAAAAGUGUUGAAGCAAGAUGCACCAAACAGGAAACAAACACAAAAUGAUAUUGAAGAAGAAAGUGGUAGUCACUCUAAUGACAGGAGAGUGAUCAGACUUGGCAAGUUUAGUGGUAAGGAGGGGACGCAAUCAGAGAAAAGUAGGGAAAAAGUGAAAAGUAGACUUGGCAAGUCUAGCAGUGAGGAGGUGACACAAGCAGAUAAAAGUAGGGACAGUGUGAAAAGUAGACUUAAGUCUAGCAGUGAGGAGGUGACGCAAGUAGAAAAAAGUAGGGACAGUGUGAAAAGUAGACUUGGCAAGCCUAGCAGUGAGGAAGUGACGCAAGUAGAAAAAAGUAGGGACAGUGUGAAAAGUAGACUUGGCAAGUCUAGCAGUGAGGAGGUGACGCAAGUAGAAAAAAGUAGGGACAGUGUGAAAAGUAGACUUGGCAAGUCUAGCAGUGAGGAGGUGACGCAAGUAGAAAAAAGUAGGGACAGUGUGAAAAGUAGACUUAAGUCUAGCAGUGAGGAGGUGACGCAAGUAGAAAAAAGUAGGGACAGUGUGAAAAGUAGACUUGGCAAGUCUAGCAGUGAGGAGGUGACGCAAGUAGAAAAAAGUAACUACAGUAUAAUCAGUAAACAGAGCAAAAAACCAGCUGUUUCAGACAGAAAAGAAAAUGAUUCUAAAAGAAAGAGUGUAGAUGCAGUUCAGAAAAAAGUAAAGGAUAAAUUGCUAAGCAGGCCUAAUGGUUCAGAAACUUCCCCAAAAAGUAGUAAAAGUUGCGUUGAGAAAAGUUCUUCUCAUGAGAGGAAGCGAAGAAGAGAAUCAGAGGAUAAUAAAAUUGAUUUGAGAGAUAGUUCUUGUGAUAGAGAAGUCGGUGCAAAGAGAAUUCGAGAAGACAAAGAUAUUAAAGAAACUUUGGAUAAUAAAAGUAAACUAAAGGAGACGCGUGAAGACAGACAACACUCAGAAAAAAACUCUAAGGAGACUGCUGAAGAAACAUCGGAGAAAAACAAAUCUAGGGAGGCCCGUGAGGAAACAUCAGAAAAAAACAAAUCUAAAAAGCUUUAUGAGGACAAACAAACAAAAGAUGGUAAAAACAAUUUAAAGAAAAUGAAAAGAUAUGAAACCAGUCCAGGUGAAUCAGACAAACAAAACAAAAGA